AUGUCAGCUCCACUCACCGGUCUCAAGGUUCUCGAGAUCGCAGGUUUGGCACCUGCGCCGUUCGCAGGCAAGGUCCUGUCGGACUUUGGUGCAGACGUAGUCCGUAUCGACCGUUCGACCUCCGUCAUGAAUCUCGAUGUCCUCGCUCAGAACAAACGCUCGCUCGCCCUCAAUCUCAAAUCUCCCGCAGGCAUUGAGGCCCUUCUCCGCCUCAGCGAGACCGCAGAUGUGAUUAUUGAGCCAUUCCGUCCAGGUGUCAUGGAGAGACUGGGGUUGGGACCAGAUGUGAUGCUGAAGAGGAACCCAAAGCUGGUGUAUGCACGAAUGACCGGGUUCGGACAACAGGGACAUUAUGCCAAGAUGGCGGGCCAUGAUAUCAAUUACCUGGCAAUCUCAGGAGUCUUGAGCACGCUAGGAAAACACGACGACAAACCCGCAUUCCCGAUCAACCUCCUCGCAGAUUUUGCCGGUGGUGGACUAAUGUGUGCACUCGGGGUCCUUCUCGCCCUCCAGGAACGCGCCCGCUCUGGCAAGGGCCAAGUCGUCGACGCUGCCAUGAUCGACGGUGUCUCCUAUCUCGGCUCAUUCGUCUACAACAUGCACAAAGCCGGUGCUCUCUUCCAAACUCCACCUGGUACUGGUCAAUUGGAUGGAGGCGCGCCCUUUUACGACACCUACAAGACCAAAGAUGGGCGAUUUAUGGCCGUAGGAGCCAUUGAGGCCGAUUUUUAUGAACUAUUGCUUCAAGGAUUAGGACUCGAGAAGGAGAAGGAUCAUUUGCCGGAGCAGAUGGAUAUGAAGAGUUGGCCAAAGAUGAAGGAAAUGUUCACGGCGAUCUUUUUAACGAAGACGCAGGAGGAAUGGGUGAAGGUAUUUGAUCUGACGGAUGCAUGUGUGACACCGGUGCUGGAGUAUUAUGAGAUGCCGACACCGGCCCCAGCGCCACGGUUGUUGAGAACCCCGAGUAGGCAGCAUAGCGCGGAUGCGGGGCAAGACGAGGAGAUGUUUUUGGAGGUAGGAGGGCAGAGUAAGGCCAUUUUAGUCGAAGCUGGGUUCUCGGAGGAGGAAAUCCGGGACUUGGUGGCCAAGAAUGCAAUUGCCGGCGCAGGAUUGGAGAAGGCCUCGCUUUAG